CUGUGACUUCAGUCUCAACAGUUUAUUUUCUCCUUUUUAUCAGAAGUUUUGUGCUUUUAAACCAUGAUUCAACCACAGACCUGGAUAUUUCUGUUUUUACCGUUCAUGUUUCUGAACUUAGAGCCGACUGCAGGCGAGCAGAUAGUUGACAGAAGCAGGAAGCAGAUAGCAGAGAGCAGCAGCAGUUCACCGCGGACGGACGCGCGGAACACGGAGACAAAACACGAUCCUACUGUCGGUUAAAACACGACUUUUAUUAACGAGACACGUCUGGUUUGAGGUGAAGAUGAAUUUUAUCGCAGUCUUUGUCCUUUUGGGGACAGGACUGACGGUGAAAGGCGACAAGCAUUCCCUCACUUACAUCUACACGGCCCUCUCCAAAGAGCCUGUUGGACUCCCGGGCAUCCAUGAGUUCACAGCCAUGGGUCAGCUGGACAGCAAGAUCAUCGACUACUUUGACAGCGAUCACCAGAAGAAAGUACCCAAAAAGGACUGGAUGAAAGACCGACUGACUAAAGAUUACUGGGAAAAAGGCACACAGUCCCGCCAGAGCAAGCAGCAGUGGUUCAAAGUCAACAUCGACAUCCUGAAGAAACGCAUGAGACAGAACGACUCCGACGUCCAUAUUCUCCAGUGGAUGCACGGCUGUGAGGGCGACACGCAGUCCGACGGCACGUUGAAGUUCCACCGCGGCAUUGACAGGUACAGCUACGACGGAAACGACUUCCUGUACUUCGACGACGCCAACUCGGUCUGGGUCGCCCCGAUUGACGCGGCACUCCAGACCAAGAGGAAGUGGGAUGAUGUCCAGGUGCUAAAAGAAUACACCAAAGGCUACCUGGAGAACGAGUGCAUAGAUUGGUUGGGCAAGUUCAUGACAUAUGAGGGGGCGCAAGCACGAAAUGCCUCUGCCCCGGAGGUGUUCGUGUAUACAAAGAAAGCCAAAGUCGAGAAAAAUGUCAUUUUGAUGUGCCUGGCUACCGGUUUCUACCCAAAAGACAUCAUCCUGCAGAUCAAAAGGAACGGCCGUAUUUUAUAUCAAGAGGACGGCGUGACUACAUCGGGUACUCGACCAAACGGCGACGACACCUUCCAGAGAAGAGAUCAUGUGGAGAUUUUAAAGUCUGACAUGUCCACAUACGCCUGUGAAGUGAUACAUGCUGCAACCGGGGUACAUGUUGAGAUGCUUUGGGAUCAUUCACUUCCUGACGACUCUAACGUAGGUAUCAUCAUCGGCGGCGUGGUUGGGGGCGUGGUCGUGGCCGUGAUCGGUAUCGGUGUGCUGCUGGUCGUCUUGUGGAAAAGAUUUGGAAAUCAACCCACGAACGUCCAAGGGUCAGGUCCGUCUCUCGACAGUGUUGGCAGUGCUGGCAGUGCUGGCAGUGCUGGCAGUGCUGGUAGUGACGAACCCCUUACUGGUGUAAAGACUUCCUCAAACAUGAAUGGUAACAACGGCAACGGCAGCACUGGCGAGGUGAACAAAGCUCACACUGGAAAUCAACCCACGAACGUCCAAGGGUCAGGUCCGUCUCUCGACAGUGUUGUCAGUGCUGGCAGUGCUGGUAGUGCUGGUAGUGGCAACACUGACGAGGAGAAGAAAGCUCUCCUCACUGGCUCACAUGGGUCUGACUCUGACUCUGGCAUCUCUGGCGAUGGCAACAAAACCCCCCCCUCUGAAGCCACCAGCCUCCUGAAGGAGAAUGAAGAGGAAGUCUCAGAAUAACAUCAUUUCCAUCAGAGUACAUCAAGCCUCACUGUGCUCUCUGGAUCCAAAUUAACCAAUAAUACAUCUAAUAGUAGAAUCUGAUAGUAGAGUCUGGAAAUCAACAAGAACAACAAAAAAAAGUCUCUUAAAUGGGUUUAGGGUAAAUCUGUCGGGCAGUACAGGGACUGAGUUUGAACUUCAGUAAGUUGAAAUUUAAAUAU